AUGAGCGACCAGUCGCCGGCGGCCAGCGGCUCCUCGGGGGGGAGCGAGAGCCUGGCCGAGGAGGCCGACGUGUUCGGACGGCUGGAUGAGGGCGAGGGGGGCGAGCGCGGAGGGGGGAUGCUGCCAGAGGAGGCGGUGGCGCUGGUGCAGAACCCGAUGGCGCGGGACUGGUUCUUCAGCAGGCGGGAGACGGAGGCGGUGCUGAACGGCGUGCACGCCGUGGUGCGCCUGGACGACAGGGCCUCCGCCGACGACCACCUGCGCUACAUGCUCUUCCUGCGCGACACCGCCACCGACCUCUUCCGCCGCCUGUACAUGGAGGACUGCGUGUGCGACUGGCCGCACGGCGACCUGGCAGGUCUGCUGUCCGUGACGGCCACCCUGCUGCGCGUCACCGCGCACCUGCUGCGCGACGCGCUCACCCCCGAGCACGUGGACGCGCUCAUAUCGUUUGUCUACGGAUCCACUGCCGCUCUGGACCCCGACAGCCCCUUCCACCAGAAGACCAAGGGCUGGCCGCUGCCCAAGGAGUUCAGGGAGGGCGGGCCCGAGGGCGAGGGCGCCGCGCCAGCCAGGCGCACGUGCUGGCUGCAGUACUUGGUGGACCAGUUCCUUGAGGCCCGCGGGCUGCGGACACUGAUCGCGGCUAUGGCCAAAGUGCCCUGCCUAACAAGAAUGAUGACAGAGAGGUUGUUCCACCUGGGAGCCAGGAUUGCGCCCUGGCUUGGAGAGGAGGAUGCAAAGGAACUGGGCGAGGUGUACAAGAAUUUCAUCGGGCAGUUGCUUACUGAUCCUCCCCAGCCGUGGAGGUCAGGAAAAGACAAUGGACCACCCGUCUGCUCCUCUGUGUUUGAUUCAGCUCGAGUAGUCUUGGAAGCUGCAGAGGGACCCCAAGAAGCAGAGGAAAUCGUUGCAGGGGUGCAGUGUCGCAUGGUCGAGACCUUCCUGGAGGAUGCCAGUUUUGCAGGCCGCAUUCAGGCUGUGGAAGCCAUCUACCAGCUACUAUUCCGGGCACAACGAGUCCAAGUUGCAGAGAAUGGCACAGCCCUCCAGGCCCUGGAUGACUGGCUCACUAAAAAGGGUGUUGUGGACUGGAUGGUCUCAUCGCAGCUGGACAAGCAACAUUAUAUGCAACAGGUGUUGAGAGUGCUGCGAUCGAUGGCGCUAUCCCACAUUUUGAAGGAGCAGCACAUAGACAAGCUGUGGAGCAUCAUCGAACCGGAAGGCACAUUUGACGUGCUGAAGGAGCAUGUCGUGGAGCUCCUGGGUGAGCUCGCAUCCUGCCUGUCCCACACACAAGUGCAGUUCCUGUUGGAGAGGAGCCGCAAGGUUGCUCGCAGGGAGGCGGCUGACACACAGCGCAUGGUUGGUUUCCUUGGGAGGAUCGUCAAUGAAGAUUCACAGGGCAACUUUGCACCUCUGGUGCUCCAGUCUCUGUGGGAUGUCCUGCUGGAGGAUGACAGACACACAUCCCAUGUGCAUUGGGAUGUGUUCAAGAACUCAAUGGACGCCUAUCUGCACUUUGGUCGACGGGAGCUGCUGCAGAAGUACCUCUCAGAAGCUGUCAGGGAGCUAAGGGAGGGGCAAGUGAAGCUGACACUCCUUCACCUCUUCAGGUUCCUGUGCCAAGCAUCCAUCGACUAUGGUGCAGAUGAGGAAAAUGCCUUCGAGUGCGUCGUGCUCCUAAUUGGCGCACUGCAGCGGUACCGUGAGCAACUGGAGAGCAGCCAGCAGCAUAACACGCAAGGACAGCCCCCCGAGCGGCACAUCCACAUCGUGCGCGAGAUCCUGAGCCUGGUGAUGCAGCUGACACGCGGCCAGUGCACCUUCGAUGCGCGGCACUUUGACACUGUGUGGUCAUGCAUGGUGGAGCAUCCGUACUACGGGAGCUGGGACAGGGAGGAGGCCCUGAGGUGGCUGAGCAUGCUACUGGAGGCGAAUGCCAUCACUGAUGCGGCUGCGGGCUCCCUUCUGGACCAGCACCUCUGCAGUCUGUACACACCCACUCUCGACAGCAGUGGCUUUGAAUGCUUCAAAGCUUAUUUCUGCAGGGUGAACGGCGUGGUAGCGUCCAAUGACUCAAUUGGCUAUGGCAGCCGACAGGGCACUUCGGCAUUAUCUGGAAACAGCUGUAUCGGCAUUGACUUCCUGUGGCAGCUGCUUCUUGACAGCCUGGAGGAGGGUGUGGCCCAACAUACCCAGCAGCUUCUUGUUGCUCUCUACAUUCACACUCGAGACUCGCAGUCAGAGUUUAGAAAGCGGUGCCUCCACCUUCUGCGCGAGAACUCUUGCAAGCUGGCAGGGCUUGACACCCAGCACCUGGACUGGCGUCUGGUGCUCGAGACAAUGCCUGUGAACCCUGAUGCCAAGCUGCAGGAGUGUGUGGCCAUGAGGGUUGCCAGGUGCCUUGAGGCCAUCAACAGCCUGAUGCAGGCAGAGGCUAGCUUGGGCAGGCAGGACGAAGGGGCCUCCACAGACGUCUGCCAAGAGGAAAUGAAUCAGCUCUACCACAUUUUGCUCUACCUCGUGGAUUGCCCUUGUCGGGUGGUUGUGCGUGAGACAGCAAAUCAGGUGCUCGCCGGUCUGCCUCCCUACCCGCCUCUUGUCACUUCUCUGGAAACAGCGCUGCAGGGGAACAUGCCAUCUAGCUUCUGGGCUUCCCUAAAAGGCGCCUUGCACAUCCCUCUUAAAGACGGGAAGGUAGCCAUGCCAGAGAGGACAAAAUAUGCUCUGCAGAUGCUGAACAAAGUACUGAACCAUGGCAGUGACCGGCUGGAGCACCCUGCCUGCAUUACAUUUGUCCUGGAGGUUGUCAAAGCUGUGGACACAGGAGACCUCAAAGCGGAUCAGAAAGGCCAGUACUUCAGGGAGCUGCAUAUGUGCGUGGAGCACCUUCUUCGCAUGAUGGCGCGUGCGCUGGACAAACGGAGCAGAGCUCCUGCAGCACACGAGUGCCAGCCUGAUGGUCAAAAUGGACAUGAGACUGCAGGAACUCCAUCUGUGGUGCAGGUAUGUACAAGCGCUGGAGACAAACCCCUUCUGGACAGCCAUGCAGCCAUGGAUCUGGGCACAUCACAGGAAGAAGUCCCCACUGCUGUGGACAAAGAGCUGAAGGAGCAUCCAGAUGACAAGGAUGACAAUGAGAAGCCAGCAUCGCAGGCUGAAACGUUGAGCACCCAAACUAUGACUGGUGUGAUGAAACGAAUGCAGGGUGAGUUGACUGAAGGCCUUGCAGACAAUGUCAAACUGACACAACAGACAGAUGCGAUGGCCACCCAAACCAUGGACGAGGCAGAUGAAGCAAAGCAGGCAACGCAGGCAAUGGCCACAGAGGGCUUCAAUGACACACAGAUGAGCACACAGGAGAGGUUCAGUGCCGAGACUAUGGACAUGGACAGCUCGCUGUCAGUUGACGAGGUGCCUGACGACCAGGCGGUGCUCUUGAAAGUGGUGAAGCACUUUGUGCAGCUGGCGACAACGGCUGCAGCUGGAUGGGGCUGCAGCACUCAAGGGAUCAUGCCGAGCGACAUGGACAGCCUGCUUGUUGGACAGGCAUACACGAACAUAAACAAGCUCGUCAGAGGCCAGCCAUCGCUGAGGAGGUGGCUUACAACUGCGGAAGAUGUGCGUGGCAUGUUGCUCCAGAACCUGGUGAAUCGGCAGGGUCGAGUGCGAGAUGCCACCCUGUCCUUCGGCCGGCUGUUGUGUAGCAUGGACGCGCCCACGGCUGAUUGGCUCUUCACCCUGUUGAAGUCUGAGCGGGAGAUGGCGGACCAGCACCCUGGGCAUUGCGAGGAGUACUACAAGCUGCUUGGGGAGCUUGUGGAUAGAUUCACUGGCACAGCGAGGGAUGCAGAGUUGGCAGAUGUUAAGAAGCUGCUCUUCGAUGUGCUUGAGUGCAUCCGUGCAUCUCCUGCUGACAAGGCUCCUGGGGAUGUCAGACUGGGAUGCCAGCUCAGGCUGGUCACUCGUUUAACCAAGGCGCUGGAGAGGGAGGCACCCCUAAAGGACAAAGAGGACCAACUUGUGAGGUUCCUAAUAAAUGAGUUGCUGUUUCCCGAAGCCUGGGAACUGGUUGAGUCUUCCACCAAAUUCAGCUCUCCAGCCAUCAAGGAGAUGAGGGAGCUGCUGUGCACAAGGAAUACCUCCACCACAAGCCGUGAGGCGGCAUUUGAGCUGCUUCAAGAGCUCAUGAGCAGCGGCCCCCCGAACCAGCGCCUUGCCAUCGAACUUCUCAACAGACUGCAUUUCAGCAGCAGGGCUGCAGAAUAUUCCGGAUUCCGCAACAUGCAGGGAUGCAGGGACCUCAAUGGCUAUGUGGGACUUCGAAAUGCAGCUGCUACAUGCUACAUGAACUCCGUGCUGCAGCAAUUCUUUAUGCAGCCCAGCAUUCGCGAUGGUGUACUUGCUGCUGCAGAUUUGGCUGACGAUGACCAAGAAAAGGGAUGCUUUUUCUACAACUUCCAGAGGCUUCUGGGGGAGUUGCAGUUCAGCCACCGCCAGUGGUAUUUUCCGAAAGAUUUGCUGGACACUUACACACACAGCGAUGGCAAGAAAGUGGACCUGAGGGAGCACAAUGAUGCAAUGGAGUUCCUUCUGCGUGUUGAGGACCUUGUGGAUGAACACCUGGUGAGGACAGGUCAGCAGCCUGUCAUCAAGAAAGCCAUGAGAGGUAGCUCUGUCCAGCAGAUAAUAUGCCGAGAUGGAGAUCAUGUACAUGUGAGUGAAACAGAACAGGCAUUCACGAACCUUGCUAUCGACAUCCGAGGCAAGUCAACCUUGCAAGAGGGUUUGGAUGACUAUGUGAAUGCCACAUAUUUGGAGGGGGACAAUGCAUACAAAUGUGAACAACUUGGCAAGGAG